GUGUGUAGCCUUUGCGACCAGAAGCAAAGCUGUGCGGGUCUGAUUCGACGCUCACAUCUGCGUCUGCAAUUGCCUAUGCGACAGCGGGCACGCGAGGAGGUAUCUGGGUACCAUGCCAGGUUUGCCGAGAUAGAAGCGGAGCUCGUAUCGAUGCAGGCCACGCUGGUGACGCGAGAAGAGCUGGAAGCAGCGCAACGGGAGCUAGCCGAAGCGCGAGAAGAAGCUGCGCAGCUUCGCGGUCAGUUGGCAGAGCGCAGCAGCGGACCUGCCUCGGCGAGCUUGAAUGGCAACGCCGGGUCUGGACCUCUGCGCACGAUGCACGGACCGAUCAAAUCCUUUACGAUGUGGAGCAGCGACGAGUCUGGCUCUUCGCAAGCACCGGGAGGUACGAUGGCUAGUACUUGGGCAUCGGUGAACGCGCCCGCGUCUACGGACGACUAUCGUGCCGAUGCCAGCUUCCACUCCGCUUCGGAUCACCAGAUCAAAACGCGAUCCGCAUCGGGGGUCAGUGGACGCAAUAUCGAGCAGGACGAUAGCGGUUGGUGGAGCUAGCAAGCAUGAGCUAUCCUUUGCCCCCUUUUCCUCACCGUCCAGCAUUUACUUGUCCCACUCGCUCCAAAAAGUCCCCCUCCUCCUCCUCCCCCCCCCAGCUCCGCCCGCAAAUCCUGACCGUUGCUGCCUCGCAUUUGCGCCUAACUCUUAUCCCCAUUGCCCCGGCCCCCCAGUCUCUCGAUUCUCGCUUCCCGUUUCCGACCCUUAUUCCAAUUUGCCCCAAUACCCGCGACAUCCCCUACUUUGCCCGUGCCCACAUCUUUUUUUAAAAUAUACCAAACACCAUCUCUCCUUUUCUUUCGCGAAAUUUGCUAUCCCCCCCCACUCUCUCUCUCUCUCUUUCUCAACUCGACUCGAACUUUGCACCGCUCGUUUACUCUUUCACGCCUUCGCAUAUCCGAAUGUUGAUCGAUGCAUGCUCUGUUCGACAUGUUGUAGGUUGAGCGAGCGGGCUAGAAAGGCUGCAUGCAUGGCAGCGCACGAGAGAAGAGAAGGAAGAGAAGGGGAGAGAAUUGCACGCACGCACGCACACGCACGCACACGACGGGAAGAGCGCAACGUUGGGGGGCCCUUCUAGCAUUGCUUGUGGAGAUUUGAAUUUCGUCUUGAUACACAUGCAGAUGUGGGUGUGGGGGGGUGUGGGGGGGUAAGAGGGUGGCGAGAGAGAGUGAAAAGGGGGGAAAGGGUGAGGGGGGGGGAUUUACAGGAAACACAGGGGAAUGGAGAGCGAGGAGGGUGUUGAGGGCAUGUAAAGUGAGGUGGAGAUGCGACGCAAAGCAUCGCGAGUGUAGAAUAGGCCGACGCG